AUGGACUACUCCUACCUCAAUUCGUACGACUCGUGCGUGGCGGCCAUGGAGGCGUCCGCCUACGGCGAUUUCGGCGCCUGCAGCCAGCCCGGCGGCUUCCAGUACAGCCCCCUGCGACCCGCCUUCCCUGCGGCUGGUCCACCCUGCCCCGCGCUCGGCUCUUCCAACUGCGCGCUUGGCGCUCUACGCGACCACCAGCCCGCGCCCUACUCGGCAGUGCCCUACAAGUUCUUCCCGGAGCCGUCGGGCCUGCACGAGAAGCGCAAGCAGCGGCGCAUCCGCACCACGUUCACGAGCGCGCAGCUCAAAGAGCUGGAGCGCGUCUUCGCAGAAACUCACUACCCCGACAUUUACACGCGCGAGGAGCUGGCGCUCAAGAUCGACCUCACGGAGGCUCGCGUGCAGGUCUGGUUCCAGAACCGCCGGGCCAAGUUCCGCAAACAGGAGCGUGCCGCCAGCGCCAAGGGUGCGGCGGGCGCGGCGGGCGCCAAAAAGGGCGAGGCGCGCUGCUCGUCCGAGGACGACGACUCCAAGGAGUCCACGUGCAGCCCUACGCCCGACAGCACCGCGUCGCUGCCGCCGCCGCCCGCCCCCGGCCUGGCCAGCCCGCGUCUGAGCCCCAGCCCGCUGCCUGCCGCCCUGGGCUCCGGGCCCGGCCCUGGCCCCGGGCCACAGCCGCUCAAGGGCCCCUUGUGGGCCGGCGUGGCGGGCGGCGGGGGCGGCGGGCCGGGCGCGGGCGCGGCGGAGCUGCUUAAGGCCUGGCAGCCGGCGGAACCCGGGCCGGGGCCCUUCUCGGGGGUUCUGUCCUCCUUCCACCGGAAGCCUGGGCCGGCCCUGAAGACCAAUCUCUUCUAG